AUGUCUGCUGAAGAUCUGGGGACGAGGGAGCUGGGUCAGGUGCGAAGUCAGAGGUUGGAUGAGCUUCUAACAACCCUCCGCCUCCUACACGACCCAUCCUCAAACUCAAAACUCGGGGUCCCUGCUUUGGACAAGCUUCUCUCAACUCACACCAAACCAUACGACCCUACAAACUUCUCUACCAUACCGGCACCUCCCAUUAUUGAGAUUAGCAGUCAUGUGCCCAAGUCCGGUAAGACUGAGUUUUUGUACUGGGUGAUUGCGAGUUUGGUGCUGGGAGGUGGAGACGGUGAAGUGGAAGGGGCAGAAGUGGGAGAUGCGGUUGAUGAGGUGGGAGAUGGUUUGGGAACGACAUCAGAUCAUGCCGGAGACGAUAUGGAGCAACCUACGGAGGAGCAUUCGACACUAGAUGCAUCUGCAGCUGCCCAAACGGAUGCCAUGACAUUCCAAACCGAAGACCAAUCAGAUCAACCACUCCACAACUCAGCACAACAAACCAAUCCCCCCAGUCGACAUAACAAACCCACACCAAAAGCGAUAGCCCUCCUCUCGACCAGUCUCGUCAACAUCCCUCGACUCUCUCAAAUCCUCCUCAGCCACCUGCUCUCCAGAAAUCCCACCCUCUCCCUCUUGGAAGCUCAAGCCAAAGUCCACACCGCACUCUCUCACAUCCACAUCUACCACCCGACCUCUUUACCUUCCCUCAUCACCACGAUUUCUUCUCUACCUGGCUACUUUCUUUCUCCUUCCAACACGAGUAAAGAAAGAAGAUUAGGCGCCAUUUUGAUUUCCCGCCCAUCUGCUUAUUUCUGGGAAGACAAGAUUGCGGUUGCUCCUACCUCAGCCUCCUCGACGACAGGGAAAUUACCAGCUCUGGCAUCGACAUUAAAACGUGUGGCUGUUACUCUUCAAGCUCCAGUGUUCUACACCACCUCGCACUUGUCUGGCCCUUCAGCUUCCUCUACAAACACCACAACCCCUUCCACUCUUCCCUCGUUCUUAUCUCUCCCUCCGGCUUUACCACCCCCAUUCGCAACUCUUCCAUCUCUCCGCCUUAUAAUCUCCAAACUCCCAGUCCAAGGCUUCAACAAAGACAUCGAUGCAGAAACAGCUUUGAGACAAAGAGGAGCUAGGGAUGCAGCGGUGAGGGAAGCGAAAUUCAGAGUCAGCGUCAAUCAAUGGGGAAAGGAGGGGAGUGAGAGGGAUAGGAAUGUAGGGUUCGAACUUGUGAUUGAUGGGGGAGGCGUGAGGGUUAUUUAG